AUGGGAAUUCCUACUGGCUUCGACACUGAAAUUUGUGUCCGACACCAUGCAGUUCGCCAGUCCAUUCUUGCUACAACGGGUACAUUCCUGGUGCAUCUCAUACGUCUUCGCUGCGGUCUCGUCUCAUCGGGCAUUCAACACGUCACCGCCAUCAUUUUCUGCGUCUGCGGCGCGCCAGAAUUCUAUCAAUGGAUUCGAAUGGACAACGAGGGUACUGUUUCGUUGGGAUCCGCCCUAUCGGUGUCCUAUUUGAGUUGGUACGCGGUUCUAGUGGUUUAUACGUUCAUGAUGUGUUUCGCGGAUCCGAGAAGUGGAAUUGUCAAGGGGGCUCACUCACCAGAACUACAAAGCUCAUUUCUGAAUCGCCUCACACUUUGGUGGUUCAAUCGAGUACCAUGGACAGGAGCCAAGAGGGAUUUGGAGAUCGACGACAUUUUUGAGCUCAACGAGCGGAGCAGCUCGAAAUUCCUUAGUGAAUUGUGGGAAUCGUUUUGGGAGCCGAAGCGAUUGAAAUACAUCCACGACAACAGCAUCUGGGCGAAACAAGAUCCAGCCGAACGGACCACCCCAGUGAUUCUGCCAUCAGUGAUUUCAUCGCUUUUCAUGAUGUUCCGAUGGGAAUUCCUACUGGCUUCGACACUGAAAUUUGUGUCCGACACCAUGCACGAACUCCUCAACUUCAUCUCCUCCAAAAACGCGCCAUUCUGGAAAGGCAUGGCCCUCUCGAUCCUGAUGUUCUCCACCUCGGAACUCCGCUCGCUCAUCCUCAACGGCUAUUUCUACAUCAUGUUUCGAAUGGGCACGAAAAUCCAAACAGCGCUCACCGGGGCGGUUUACAAGAAGACGUUGCUCCUCUCGAAUAGCGCCAGAAGGGACCGGACCGUCGGAGAGAUCGUGAAUCUCAUGGCAAUCGACGUGGAGCGCUUCCAGAUGAUCACUCCGCAAAUUCAACAAUUCUGGAGUUGUCCCUACCAGAUUACCUUUGCUCUAGUCUACCUAUUUCUGACUCUGGGCUACUCUGCGAUCCCAGGAGUCGUGAUAAUGAUUAUCUUUGUGCCGAUGAAUAUUAUCUCGUCCAUGGUGGUCCGGAAAUGGCAGAUAGAGCAAAUGAAGUUGAAGGAUGAAAGGACAAAGAUGGUCAAUGAGGUGCUGAAUGGCAUCAAAGUGGUCAAGCUGUACGCCUGGGAGGUUCCCAUGGAAGCCUUCAUUGAGGAGAUUCGAAGCAAGGAACUGGCGCUGAUCAAGAAGAGUGCAAUGGUCAGGAACAUCCUGGACUCCUUCAACACUGCCAGCCCAUUUCUAGUGGCCUUGUUCUCGUUUGGAACUUUUGUGCUAUCCAAUCCCGCCCAUCUACUGACCCCUCAGAUUGCAUUUGUGUCCCUGGCACUUUUUAAUCAGCUGAGAAGUCCUAUGACCAUGAUUGCCUUGCUUAUCAAUCAGGCUGUCCAGGCAGUGGUGUCUAACAAGAGACUUAAAGGUGGAUAUGACUUAAAAAUAUGA